CUCCGCAGUCGAUUUCACAGAGUACUUUUUUAUAUAUAUGAAAGUCGAUUUUCAAAUGUUGUGAAUUGCGUACGCGCGUUAAAUACCAUUAAGAAACCAUUAUAUUUCAUCGUUUGACGGAUAAAUGGAUCUAUGGCGUCGUUUCAAAAAACCUCCCCGGGAAAUAGACAAAAGCACAUACUCUUUAGUGUCCUGUAGUGAACUAUCACCAGACACAUUGCAAGUAUGGAAUGGGUUACCAGAUGAGAUUAAAAAGGACCCGUCUUUGGAGCAAAUAAGACAGAAGUAUGAAGAACUUGGUAAUGGUGACAAAUUAUCGAACCAAGGAAUCGAGAAAAUAGCAAGAUUCACGAUCAACUCUGAUCCCAUUUUAGACAAUAAUUGUAGAGAAACAACACAGGAAGAGUUCCAUCUUGAAGAACAUGAGAAUGACGUUCAUAUAUCUCCAGAAGACAGAAGAAAGCAAGCACAGAAAAAAAGGACAAAACACUAUAUAAAAAUGUCGUUACUACUAGGCUGUUGGGUUUUCUUUACCUGUGUGUUUCUAACGUAUAAUGAAAAACACGAGAGAUUUAUAACUACAGCUAUUAUUCCUGGAGAAAUUAACAAUUAUACAAUAAACAUGUCAAACACAGAUACAGUAUUAAUAAAAUUAACAGGACCGUUUAUAACAGAACAAUCAGAAAUUAAAAUGAAUUCUACUGUUUUUGAUGGGGCUGAAAAAUUCAUAGCGUGGCUUGAAAACGAAAAUGAAAUCACACAAUCAUGGAAAAUAUUACUCCAAAAUGAUAAAUUAACAACAAACGUAGAAACAAGAACGCAUAUAUUUCGUACAAAUAACACAAAUAUAAAUUAUAAUUUAUAUUUGAAUACAACGACAUCUAGUGUGAUAGCUUUUAGUAUGAGUUUUAAUUUAAAUCCGCUAGAUGGCAGUGUUGGGGUUAUAUAUGCAGUUUUAUUGUUAUGUGGCUUGUAUGUACUUAUUAUUUUUGAGAUAAUAAACAGAACAAUGGCCGCCCUUUUAAUAUCUACCACAUCACUUGCGGCACUAUCUUUAGUGGGAGAAAGACCAACUUUACCGGAAAUAAUAUCAUGGCUUGAUAUAGAAACACUGCUUCUGUUGUUUAGUAUGAUGAUAUUGGUGGCUAUUAUGGCUGAAACCGGUAUCUUUGAUUAUUUGGCGGUUUUCACUUUUGAGGUAACAAAAGGUAGAUUAUGGCCAUUAAUCUAUCUCCUAUGUAUAAUAACUGCAGUUUUAUCAACGUUUUUGGAUAAUGUUACCACUGUGUUAUUGAUGUCGCCUGUUACAAUAAGGUUAUGCGAAGUAAUGGACCUCGACCCAGUACCAAUAUUAAUGUUCAUGGCGAUAUUCAGUAAUAUAGGAGGCACAGCUACUCCUGUAGGAGACCCGCCCAAUGUGAUUGUGGCUUCUAACCAGGCUGUUAUUCAUUCUGGCAUAAAUUUUGUAAACUUCACCGCGCACAUGGCUCUUGGAAUAGUGUUUGUUGUUAUACAGACGUCAUUGCAAAUCAGAGUUAUGUAUAGAGAUGUGAAUAAACUACGGUUGAAAGUGCCUAGAGAAAUUCAGGAAUUACGUCAUCAGAUUUCAAUAUGGCGCCGGGCGGCAGAUUCCUUACCACAUUUGAGCAAUGGUGUUAAUAUAGUCAGAGAGAGAUUAGAGAGAAAAAUAACUAAAUUAAAUAAACAGUUACAUACUAUGGUCAAAGAGAGGAAUAAAAGAGCAUGCCCGAAAGAUACUUUUAAAAGUACUUUGGUGGAGUUGAAAGCUAAGUAUAAAAUACGCGACCGAACUCUUCUAAUCAAAUCUACAAUAGCUAUUGUGUUUGUCGUCACCGUUUUCUUUCUACACUCUAUUCCUGAAUUAAAUAGAGUAUCCCUAGGCUGGACAGCGUUCCUAGGAGCAAUAUUACUCCUAACUCUAGCGGACAGAGACGACUUAGAGCCGAUCCUGCAUCGCGUAGAGUGGUCCACUCUACUGUUCUUUGGAGCUCUUUUUGUUUUAAUGGAAGCUUUAUCCAAAUUAGGUUUGAUUCUCUACAUCGGCGGAUUGAUGGAACAGCUUAUUUUACAAGUUGAAGAAACUUCUAGAUUGGCUGUCGCUAUUGUACUAACGUUAUGGGUAUCAGGCACAUUAUCAGCGUUCGUGGACAACAUACCGCUCACCACCAUGAUGGUGCGAGUGGUGGUGGCGAUCGGGAACAACCCCAACUUGGGGCUCCCCAUGGGGCCCUUGGUCUGGGCCCUGUUGUAUGGCGCGUGUUUGGGGGGUAACGGCACACUAAUAGGCGCCAGCGCUAACGUAGUAUGCGCAGGAGUGGCAGAACAACACGGCUACAAGUUCACUUUUGUGAAAUUCUUCAAAGUCGGCUUCCCGAUCAUGAUCGGCCAUCUUGUCGUGUCAACUGUUUACCUUUUGGUGUGUCACUGUGUUUUUGAAUGGCAUUGAUAAUAAAAUAAAUAACAAAUAAAAAUAACAAAAUAUAACGGCCGAAUUGAGAACAUUUUUUUGAAGUCGAUUAAAAAGAGCGCGCGUGCACACGUGUCAGAAGUGAAACUUCUUUGUAAAAAGUCAAAAUCGUCACCUUAUAAUCCAUGACGUGACGGUAUUGAUGACGCGAUCUUGAAACUUUACUCAACGCGCCAAAGAAGUUUCACUUGGAAUCAAUCACUAAGAAAAUAAUUGAUAGAAAUAUUAUGGGCCUUAUAAAACUUUAUGAAAAGGCUUUAAUUUUGGUCUAAGAUCAUUCAUUAAAAAUGUCCUGUCCAGGAUUUUCCCAGUCAACCCAUUUUUAAUACAUUUUUUAAUACACUAAAUCUUAAUCUUAAUACAUAUAUAUAAAUCUCG